ACUCGUAUUCUUCCUCAUUCUGCAGAACUUCUGCAGUCACAACCGCUCUUCCGCCGUGGGGGGGUGAAGGCGCCUGGGAAACACUCAUCAAAUGUUACUCUCUCUCUCUCUCUCUCUCUCUCUCUCUGAACUAUGCCAUAAUACAUUUGAUGCAUGCCGUGUCGUCAAAUACUGAGAGCCUCUGAUGAUCUGAAAGUGAAAGAGAGAGUAAAGUGCCAGUACGGAAGUGCCCCACUACAUACACACACACACACACACACACACACACAGACACGGCGAGAGAGAAAGUCCGCUUCCUAUGACUGUUUGAGGUUGAGAGAGGGGAGCACAUGGGGAGGGGGUGGUGCUGACAUUACACAACUUCACGAGACGUGUGAAUCAAAGGAACUUAUUAAAAAAAGUGAACAAAUGUGCACUCUUUACGGCCCAUCUACAGGCCUAAAUGUUAUCCCUAAAUGUGUUUGUGGGAUCUGUGUCAACACAUAUUGAACUCAUAUUUUUGAUUGAAUGCCUAAUCUUUGGGUGUUAUUUGAAACAAAGGUAACACUUCUUUAGACAAUACUGCCCCCUGCUGUUGACAUUGCAGAAUUGCUGGGAAUGGUCUUAUUUACCUAGUGGCAAGUGAACUGAAGUGACCUUCAGUUCCAUAACCCUGCUAGCGUUGAGAACCAGGAUUGUCAACAAGUGAGGUAUACAUGUAUGUAGUUGGUGUGUAGUUGUGUGUGUGUGUGUGUGUGUGUGUGUGUGUGUGUGUGUGUGUGUGUGUGUGUGUGUGUGUGUGUGUGUGUGUGUGUGUGUGUGUGUGUGUGUGUGUGUGUGUGUGUGUGUGUUGCAGAGAGAGAGUGAGAGAGAGAGAGAGAGAGAGAGAGAGAGAGGAAAAAAAAGGGAGAUAGAGAGGGCAAGUGAGAGGGAGAGAAGAUGAGAGACCUUACUGAGAGUAAAUUGUUCUCCCUCUUUCUUGUAGUCCAGAGUUACCUCCCUCGGUGGGUGGAUGCAGCUAGUCACUGGCAGCCAGGCGUUGUCUGUGGAGACCCACUCUGACCCCUCUAACUAUGCCCUUGUUCGCUUCCUGUGUGUUUCCCCGCAGCUUCCUCACAUGCCACACAUCAGCGAGUGUCUAAUGAAGAGGAGCCUGAAGCCCACCGAUCUGAGAGACAUGACCUUGGGCCAGCUGCAGGUCAUCGUCAACGACCUGCACUCCCAGAUAGAGAGUCUGAAUGAAGAGCUGGUGCAGCUGCUGCUGAUUCGGGACGAACUGCACAUGGAGCAGGAUGCCAUGUUGGUGGACAUCGAGGACCUGACUAGGCAUGCCGAGAGCCAACAGAAACACAUGGCGGAGAAGACACCUUCCAAAUAAAAAAAGACCCCCCUCCCCGCUCUCGGGCGGCGGGCCCCGAGCCAGACCCAGGCCCCUGCCCUCGGACCGCGGACCCCGAGCCAGACGCAGGCACCUUGUACAAACCACACAUGUUCCGCACCGUCAUCUCUCCCUGUCCGUCCAUCAGAACCUGUGUCUCCUCAUCCGACGGUUACAGCUCCCGCUGCCCUCCCCCAUCCCUCUCCCUCUCCCUCACUCUCUCUCUCCCUCCCUCCCUCCCUCCGUCCCUCCCCCUCUCCCUCCCUUCCUCCCUCCGUCUCCCCAAUGUCUGCCGUUCCCUUCACCCCACUGAAUGUGGCCGCACAGCACAGAGGAACGCCCACCCCCCUGUCGUCUGCUUCUGUGGUUUAUCCCACCGCUUAGGGCAAAGGAGCACUUCCUGCUUCCUGAGAGACAGAGGGAGACGGAUUGUGUGUUGUCAUGGACACCAUGCCAAGCUUUCUGUGCAGUGAACGGCCUUGCUUUGCUAAGUUUCUUUUUAACUUUCUACAUUCGCCACUAAAUUAUAACUGUCGAUUGCAACAAAAAAAUGUGGGGAAAAAAAUAAAACGAAUAGUAAAACAUUAAGUAGAAAGUUAUGAGAGAAAAAAUAAACAUUGUAUAAAAACUAUGAAAAACUAAUGUCUUCAGACCAUUAUAAGUUGGACGGUAAUUUUAAAGUAUUUCAAAGUCAACCUCUUUUUAUUCUGAACAAAUGGUAGUUUUCAACUGAAAAAAAAAUAUUUGAAGGUGCUAAAAGAGUGGUAAGAAAAGAUGCUUGAGUCGUAGCUUUUGGUAAUAUGUUCACUCUAAUUGCUCUUCAACAUUUUGUGAAUGUUGAUUUUCUGACACAAGUCAUUUUAAAUGAAUAAGCGUGUUAAUAUCAUUUUCAUUAUAUUGUAUUCAGAAUCUUUAUUUGAGGAAAGAAAUGUUUAUGUACAGUUAUGUAAAAUAAAGAAUAAAACUUUGUUUCAUAUA